GCUGUGCAAUCCAGUAGCCAAUAACCAGCACCAUGACAUUCCCCAAGGUUUUCAAAGUGUUUCUUCUAGCUGUGGUUGCCAUUUCCUCUGCUGUGGAUUAUUGUGCGCUCCCUACCUGUCUGGACAAGCAUGUGGCCUGUAACAACAAGGGAAACUUCAGUGAAAACUGCCCCAAGGACGUGCGAGCGGUGAAGAUCGAGCCGCACCACAAACUCAUCCUCAAUCUCUUCAACGAGCUGCGCAACAACGUGGCUGGAGGCAAAAUAGAAGGCUUGCCCAAGGCGAUUCGCAUGGCCAAGAUGUCCUGGUGCGAGGAGCUCUCCCACCUGGCCCUCUUGAACGUGAAGACUUGUGAAUCGCUGCCAGAUAAGUGUCGCAGCACCGAGAGAUUCGCCUACGCCGGUCAGAACAACGCCAUUUUCCAGUACAGUGGAGCCGAGACGGAGUACACCGAUGCGGAAAUAAUAAAGGAGCAGAUCGAGAACUGGUUUGCUGAGCGCUCGAAUGCUUCUCCCGAGAUCCUCGCCAGCUUCCCGGAGGAGCUUCCCAAGCAGGCUGUGAGCAAGUUCACAAUCGCGGUGGCCGAGAAGAACACCCAUGUGGGAUGUGCCGCCGUGCGCUUCACCCGCGACUUUUACAACCACUUCGUACUCACCUGCAACUUCGCCACCUCGAACAUUGUGGGUCAGCCUGUGUACACUCCGGGAGAGAAGUCCACCACCGGGUGCAAGAACCGAUAUGGAGCCGCCUAUGACUAUCCCGAUCUGUGCUACGCCAAGGAGAUCUACGACAACGAAAAGGUCAUUGAGAACGCAAAGGUAUUCUAGACCCUUUUCCCUUCUGAGCAUUAUCCCAGGUAUCUGUAUCCAUAAUUAAGUUGGCAAAUAAAAAGCUAAUAAAGCUUUACACUUCAAAA